ACCUCCAAACACUAUCAUCACCUUGUCGGCCUCUUUUAUCCCACAUCUUUCCCUCUUGGUGACUCUUCUCAAUUCUUAGUCUUCAUACCCAUAACAUUUUCACAGCUUCUUCUUCUUCUUCUUCCUCUUAUUCUUCUUCAUCUUCAUCAUCAUCAUCAUCAUCAUCAUCAUGAAGCAAGAGCAACUCACUCUUCAUAGAAGCAGUAGCAGCUGCAGAAGCACAAGAAAGAUUCUACCAUCAACCUACACCAGAUCUUCAUCGGAGUCUGGGGAUAUCUCCGAUAAACUGCUGGUUCCCAGGGACUCGUCGCCGGCGUUUCCGCGGCUGGCUAGAACGCGAAAUAGCAUUUCGGCUCUUCUGCGGUCACUGCUUGGAGUCAUUUCGUUUCCGACGAUAAUCCCCACAUGUCGAUGGCUUAGCAUCCCAAACCACCUAUCGAUUACGCCGUCUCUAGGCCGGAAAGUCACCGGAACGCUCUUCGGCCACCGUCGGGGCCACGUUAGCUUCGCCGUGCAAGACGACCCACGCUCCGAACCGGUUCUUUUACUGGAGCUCGCCACUUCGACGUCUACUCUGGUGAAGGAGAUGUCGUCGGGGCUAGUCCGAAUCGCGCUGGAGUGCGAGAAGGUGGCGGCGCGUGGACGGCCGGUUAAGCUCUUCCAGGAGCCCAUGUGGACCAUGUACUGUAACGGCCGAAAGUGCGGGUACGCCAUGUCGCGAGAGUGUGGGGAGUUCGAUAGGCACGUGCUGAGCACGGUGCAGAGCGUUUCCGCCGGCGCUGGAGUCAUUCCUACUGAUGAUAACCGGAAAAGCAUAGUCGGCGUAGAGGGUGAGAUGCUAUACAUGAGAGCUCGGUUUGAACGAGUUGUGGGGAGUCGUGACUCGGAAGCCUUUUACAUGAUGAACCCCGACGGCACCGGUGGCCCUGAACUCAGUAUCUUUCUGCUUAGAAUAUGAAAAAGAAAAAGAAAAAGAAAAAGAAAAAAAAAAAAAAAAACUCACUGGUUGUAAGAUUAUUUUCAAGUUGGACAUGAAAGUUCCUGUGAUUGGUAUGUUGUAAUAUUUUUUUUU